GGUGUGGCUGGAGUCGACGGGCGAGGCGGUGUUCAACGCCACGCUGCCGGGCGCCUCCUUCAGCACGUCCGGCCUCAGACCCGACCACCGCUACUUGGUCUCCGUCACGGCCGUCAACGCCCGCGGCGCCGCACGCCCACACCAGCUCCGGUUCCACACUCUCAAGCAAGUCACAGAGCACUUGAGUUUGCCGUCGCGGCCUGAGCCUCAGCCUCUUGUGUGGGUUCUGGGCGUGGUUGUGGGCGUGGUGGUGGCGGUGGUUGGGCUGAUGAUGGGACUCUGGUGGACCAAAGGGCGUCGCUCAUCCCACACACUCAGAAACACUGAGGACGACGUUACGAAACUGAAAAACCAGGAUCUCACGGGUGACCUGCGAGGCCAGACUGACGGCCUCUGCAUGAACGGGGUAGUUCAGCACACGAUUUACGACGCCUCGGGACGCUACAAGGGCUUCGGUCACCUGCAGCAGUGCGGCGCGUACCCGAGCUGCCACAUCGACGCGACCUGCUCCGGCGGGAGUGUCCCCGCGACUCCGGCGUCUCGCUUCUCCUUCAGCAAAAAGGGCGGCCGAGGGGCGGCAGCGGGGAAGGAGGGCGCCGCCGAGGGAAAGGGCGGGAGAGGAAGCGACGCUGCAAGUCAUGCGGGGAAGAGAAAUGGCGCGAGCGAAGGCGGCGGCGGCGAGGGCGGUGAAGGUGCGAGGAAGCCCGACGGCCGCUGGAGGAGAGUCAUCAGCCAGCUGAGCAGCCCGCACGAAAGCAGGUUUUUCGACAUCUGCAGGCUGGCCGGCGGCAAGCACUCGCAGCAGAGUCAGCCUUCGGAAAGUGUUUUGUAAGGCAGCGACUGCCCGGCCCGGACUGGGGGCAUCCAAACGACCAUAGAAGGGAGACGCUGGCACGACCUGUGGGGCCAGCGGAGACAGGUCUGACGGCGGACAGGAAGCUCAGUCGACAGGAUCUCGUGUGGUAUAUUUGAAAUCAAAAUUUUCAUACAUCCUCUUGUCCUCAACUUCCCUUCUCGUUUCUUUUUUCGACUUCCAUUUCUACAGUUUAUGUGACCAGAAAAUGCGAUAUGAUGUCUCCUCAUUUGUGGAACUGACCCUCAUACCCCAGCGUCGUGGAACACAAGAAGGAAGCGCGGUGUGAAUGUAUGAUACAAGAGACAUUGUCACUUCCACGCGGGGCUCGAGAAGUUCGCUCUCAAGCGCCCAGACCAAAAACUAGCUGCUGAAAUUUCCGGUUUCCUCUUCGGCAGCAGAGUUCCUAUACAUUGUCUAGAUGUAUUUGUCUCACAAGGUCUUUAACGACUAAAUACGUCACUGUCGCUGUUUGUUAGAGUGUCGUUAUUUGUCUCAUUUCCCGUGACUUGACUCGGAUCUCCAAACCAAUUUCUUGGAUCUUCGCCUCAUCUGUAAGUUUUCGUCGCAUUUUCUCCCACGGAGAAAACAUAUCACGAACUAUUCUUAUCUUAAGCUUCGUAAAAGAAUAUGAUGUUGGAUAAAUCUUUCACUCAAUUGAAUGUGAUAUUGUGCAAACGUGUUCUUAGAGCAGUUUUUGGGAGUGCAUAUGCUUGUGGAUGUAGACUAUUUUUCGAUGAUGAACAAUGUUAUAUGAAGAUGUAUACAUGUAUUUUUAUUUUAUGAUGAAAUGUAAAUAGAUAUAUAUAUAUAUGUGCCAAAGUAAUUAUAAUAAAAUCGAUCGAGCACACUUUCGUGCUCCGGAUAAUGAAA